AUGGCUGGUAGAGGUAGAGGAGCUAGAGACACUAGUGAUCUCAUGGAGCGCAUGGCUCAAAUUCUGGAGACCUUGGUGCAUAACCAAGGCGGAGAGCCAACUGAGUAUAGAGAAUUGUCUGCCUUCACCAGCCACGAUCCUCCAAAGUUUGAGGGAGGAUUCAACCCUGAGGGAGCCCAAAGAUGGUUGGCGAAUGUAGAGAAAGUCUUCAAUGCGAUGGGGUGCCGUGAGGAACAUAAGGUGAACUACACCACUUACCUACUGUGUGGAGAGGCGGAAGACUGGUGGAGGUUUGCCGGUCAAACAUUGCCACAAGAGGGUGGUUACAUUCAAUGGAAGACCUUUAAGGCGAUCUUUCUAGGGAACUACUUUCCCCGGGAUAUGAGGAAGCAAAAAGCCCGUGAAUUCCUUGAGCUGAAGUAA